CACUUUUGUGCAUUCAUACAACAUUCAAUGCAGCGCUUGUCUGGUCUGAUCGUCGCUCGCUCUGCUGCCGCUGCCCUUCUCGCUUCGGCCCCGCGCUCUGCCGCCUGUGCCGCGCUCGCCGUCCGCACGCGUGCUAGCAUUGCCACCGGCAGCAUGACUCUGUCUACUGCUGCUGCUGCCGCUGCUCGUCAGGCAACUUCGCCCUUCGCUGCUUCGACCGUGUCCAUGUGCCGCGGCUAUGCCACAAUGGCCCCUGCCGAGUCCGAGAGUGCUCGCGAUUUCAUUGACAAGACGGUCAAGGGCAACCCCGUCGUCCUGUUCAUGAAGGGCGUUCCCGAGCAACCCAUGUGCGGAUUCAGCCGAGCUGUCGUUCAGGUUCUCGCCGCUCAAAACCUCAAGGAGUACGCUUCUGUCAACGUUCUCGCCAGCGACGAAGUGCGUCAAGGCAUCAAGGACUACACCAACUGGCCUACUAUUCCCCAAGUGUUCAUCAAUGGCGAGUUUGUCGGCGGAUGCGACAUUCUGCUCAACCUCCACCAGAGCGGCGAGCUCGAGACCAUGCUGAAGAAGACCCAGUAAAACCGAGCUGCAUCUUUGCGGCGCAACAUUCAUUGUUCGAGCAUAUACAAAAUUCGCGGUUUGACACACUUGUAACACCAAACAGUUUUAACAUUUUCCCACCAAAAACAAGGUUCAAGCACACUCACAC